GCUCUCUUUCCUGCUGCCGCUGCCAGGAAGUUGGAGACGGGGUAGUUACUCUCCGCGCUGCUCCGGCCGGCACUGGGUAGGGCUGGGGCGGCUUCCUCUGGCCGUGAGAGACCCUGUCACGGGGAUGUAGCGGGCCGCGGAGCCAUGCGUGGCCCGGCGCUGCCCCGCACCUCGCUGGGGACGGUUAUUCUAAUAUUUGUCUGUGUGUUGACAAAGGAAUCUGUAGAAAUUACUCCACCACCAUAUAGACUGCAAGUCCGUCGGGUAGCUUUGGAUGGAAGAGACCCCUCUAACCCUUUGAGGAGAGAAAAGAAACAGAUGCACUGUCAUCUGGGACAAUACCUACACCCCAGAAAGACCCACUGCUGCAUGAGGUGUCAUGCAGGUACCUACAAGGCAAAAGACUGUGAUGGGCCUGACCAGGCAACUGUCUGUCUUCCAUGUGCCAAUGGCACAUUCACAGCUGUUGAUAACACCAUGUCUAAAUGCUUCCGGUGCACACGCUGCCGUACAGAACUCCAGCAGAUAGUAGAGACCCCCUGCACCCCACAGCAAGAUACUGUAUGUGGCUGUCAGAAGAAUCAGUAUCAGAUUGAUUCAGAGUCUGAAUUCUUUCAGUGUAGGAACUGCAGCUCGUGUGCCAAUGGGAUUAUUGCUAGCUGUGAGUAUGGUUCAAAGAACAAAGAUGCAAUUUGCAGGUGUAAGCCUCAAUUCUUCUUGUCACGUAGUAAUAUUUGCAAGCCUUGCAACAGCUGCACUGGAGAAGACUGCUUACGGUGUCCCAGCCCAGUCUCUACCUCACCAACUUCAUCUGGGCUCAAUGGAAACCUUGUACUUGGCACCCUUGUUGCGAUAUUUGGAUUUAUCUCUGUCCUCUUCGUUGCAUGUAAAGUAGGGAAGCUGGUCCAGAAAAAUAGGGUAGUGUCAUCUUUCUACUCCUGUGUUUCUUUACCACAGACAACCAAGGAGACUGUAUCAGAGGUUGAGGAAAAGAUAAAUGAAAUUUCCACCCUUCUUCCUGAGUCCCAGAAGGAAACAAAAUUGCCAGUAAAUGCAACCCUAUCAUCUGGACCUCUGCCACAGAGUUCACAUGAGUUACCAGACUGUGUCAGACCUGCCAGGAAGACACAACUCCCAGACAACCCUGCUAUUCUGUACACUGUGGUGGAUCAGGUGCCGCCAUCUCGGUGGAAGGAGUUUGUGCGGCGCCUGGGUUUGAGUGACUAUGACUUGGAGCGGAUUGAGCUGGAGCACCGGCGCUUGCGGGACGCCCAGUAUGAGAUGCUCAGACUGUGGAAACUGCAGAUGGGCUGUGCUGCCACUGUGGAGCACAUCAGCUAUGUACUCAACCAGAUGGAGCUCAGUGGCUGCAGUGAUGCUGUUCAAGAAGCUUUGCUAAACCAGAACUCUCCUCAACCUUGCAGCCUCCACAACCAUCUUUAAUCUAUUUCUGCGUUAGCUGCCUUCGACUGUUAAGAUGGGAUCAUAGCUCUCUUUCUUUCCCUGUAUCUCCCCUGCAACACUCAUCAGCUGGUUUUGUUGGUAACAGCAGUAUAUUCUGCUGGAGAAAGGCUGAGGUUUGCUUCAUAACCACCAUGUAGUUCAACACCUUCAAGCCAUGGCAGACUUCUGCAACACCUCCUUUCCCAAGGAGGGAAAGCACCUCGUAAAGGAAGUGGUGUGUGGACUCUGACCAAGAUGCAAAUAGGAGCUCUGAGUGACUUGAUCAUCAAUCAGCUUCUGUGGAAACGUUGUUGCUGGAAUAGAUGCUCCACACAUCAUGUGAUGGGUAAACUUGUAGGGUGCUUUGGUUAAGCUGACCGUUCAGAUAUCAAAGUACUCACUCACUUCUUGCAGAUCUAUUUUUCUGCAAGAUCAACCUGUUGAAAUGGCUCAUAUUGCAGCCUUUUGAUUGCUAAAUCUGACUCAGAGGAAGUGGUGGGAGGAUGUGCCUAUUUCUGGGAUUAGAGGAGGAUUGACCCCUAUUGGUGUCAACCAGUAGCAGCUAGUAGGUAUCGCUGUAGCAAAAGACUCCUGGAGAUGCUGAGCUGCUUCUCUGCCAGAAACAGGAGGACAUUAUUAUCCUUUCUACACCAUGUCCCUCAGGAUCCAGAGGAGUAAGAAUUCCAAGCCAGUCAGAUGAGAGGCUUGGUGCUUUUUUUCUCAAGGUUUUUUUCUGUAUCUAGAAACCAUCUAAAUUAGCAUUAACAAAACACCAGCCUGUGUGUUUGUCCAAGUGCAAGGUGGCAAGGAGUGUGUGCAUCUGCCUGGGUGAGGUGGUACCAAUGCAUGAGCAUAGGUAGCACGAAUACCACUGCAAAUCUGUGCUUGCACAUGGGUUGGUAGGCUUGUGUCUAGCUGCUUAUCUACAUAUGGAUGAUUUGAUGAAUCUAACUGCAAACGGGACUGUGUCUGUGCCUGUAUAGACAUUUUAGCAACUGUUGAAUAACUUCACACUACUUCCUGGACUUUCUCACUGGAAUUACCUUGGGUGAACCAGAUGUAGACAAAAUCAAUCAGCCUGCACCAGGUGCGGGUUUUCCACUUUUAUGUAACAUGGAUUUUUUCAGUCUCUAAUCCCUUGACCAGAGAGAAACUUUUUAUUGUAAAUACACUAAAUGUUCUGAAUUAAAGUGAAUAUUUUAAACUUUGUUCUGGUUUUGCUCAUAUCAGCUUAUUUUCUGUGACUGUGGCUGGGGGCAGAGGAAGGGGAAUAACCUACAGAAGUGUCAAGAGUGGACGGCUUGGUGGUCCUGUGAAUUUUUUUAACAAAUCACCCAAGUUUUACAUACUUAGCUGACCUCACGUUACAAGAAGCUAGCUAGCUGAGAGGCGAAAGUAGGACUGAAAUGAAAUCCAGUCGCAGGUCUUCUCAGAUAUUCAAGAAUACAAAUGCCAGUA